AUGUCUAUUGCUAUUGGUGUAGAUUUCUCUGAGAAGGAUAUAGAAUGUAGGAUAAUUGCACCAUCACAUUAUAUCAGAGUCUGUAGUAAUCCUGCCCUGAAAACCUGGCAUUUCAAUACCCUUUUUGAGGACAUUCCUGAGAAAUAUAACCUCCAUGAAGCAAAAACCAAGUUUGAUGAUGGAAGUUUCACCAUCACAGUUCCGAAAGUAGCUCCAGCACAAACUAGUACUGGUCCUAAGGCAUCAGAGGCCACAGAAAGAUCACAAGAGGCUCCUAGCCUUCAAGAAAGUCCAGGGCCUGAAAAGAGUGGAGAUGGUCCUGCAAAACAGGAAACUUGGACAACCAAAGUAGAUGAAGAAAUUACAGAAGCCAAAGAUGUUGAAGGUCCAAAAACCUCGAUUGAAAGCGAACAAAUGUCUCAGAAGGGUCAAGAUCAAGUUCCUUCGAAAGCUAACUUUCAAUUGGUAUUUACCAGAAAGCAGCAAAUGGAUGAUCAAAGCAGUGUAGGGCAAGUUGGUGAUCAGAAGGCCAUGGAAGAGGAUAAGGAGAAGAGUGCUGAAAGUGUUGGCCAAGAAAAGGAAAAGGAAAAGGAAAAGGAGGGGUCUUCUUCUAGCAUGUCUGAGAAGGAUAUUGUAACAAAUGUGGUGACAGAAACGAGAUAUAUAGUAGAUAAAUGCACCAUACUCUCAUUGAUUCUGGCAGUUGGAGCUUAUGCAUUCUAUACCUUUUAUGGCCAAUCUAGAAGAAAAAAUCAGUAA